AUGGCCUCCCUUUCAAAGAAGACUACUGUUUUCAGCUUCCUUGCUGCCUUGUGCUUCUUCCUCUUUGUGGCUCAACUUCAGUCUUCUGAUUGCACCAUGAAAGCUGGAUGCUUCUGCAUCCAGGCAGCUUCCCAUGAAGUAUAUAGCAGAAAGCUGCUCACGAGUGUUAUGGAGGCUGACAAGAUGGUUACCGGAAAAGGUAUGAAGUACGGCGGCGGUGCUGGUUGGGAGUUGAGGGAAGCGCCGCUUGGUCCGGAUCCGCUGCAUCACCAUGGUGGAAGUCCGAGCAGAAAGCCUGUUGUAACUCCUUAA